CUGAUCAUGUGCAUUUCAUUCAGGUGCCUUUGCAUACCUAGGUAACAUAGGCAGGUCUGCCGAGACCUUACCCCGCGACCCCGCCCUCCGUGUGACGAGGGGUGUUUUGGCGUCACUGCACUCGUACAAAAAGAAGCUCCCUUUCUCCCGCCGUUUUAAUGGAGCAAAGCCCCUCCGAAGACAAUGACCCAGCAAUGAGCUCUUCUUCCCGAAUAACAUCGAACUGCAAUUGCACUUCCUGAUCAACAUGUCAGCUGCCCACUUCCUAACCGACCCAACCCACCUCGUCGCCACCGCCCUGCACGCCUGCACCCUCACCAACCCCUCCCUGGCCCUCGACGCCGCCAACAAAACCGUCUACCGCCGCCCCUCCUCAACGCCCUCCACACCGACCGUCAGCGUCAUCUCCGGCGGCGGCAGCGGCCACGAGCCCUCCUUCGCCUCCUUUGUAGGCCGCGGCCUCCUCGCUGCCGCCGUUGCAGGCACCAUCUUCGCGUCGCCCAGCGCGGAGCAGGUCCGACGAUGUAUCUCGCGACGCGUGGAGAGCGAGCAGGGCGUGCUCGUCGUGGUGAUGAACUACACGGGCGACGUGCUGAACUUCGGGAUGGCGGUUGAGAAAGCGAACGCCGCGGGGGUGAGAGUGGAGAUGGUGGUUGUGGGCGACGAUGUGGGCGUUGGGCGAAAGGUGGGCGGGAAAGUCGGACGCAGAGGCAUCGCGGGGACGGUGCUGGUGCAGAAGAUUGCGGGGGCGUUGGCGGCGCAGGGAGCCGGGUUGGAAGAGGUGUAUCAGGCGGCGAAGCUGGUGGCGGGGAAUUUGGUGAGUAUUGGGGCGAGCUUGUCGCAUGUGCAUGUGCCGGGCCGGAGCGUGGCGGAGGCAGGCGAGGAGGAUUUGAAGGAGGGGGAGGUGGAGAUUGGGAUGGGGAUUCAUAAUGAGCCGGGCUCGGAGCGGAGGGCGGAAACGUUGCCGGAGCUAGUGAAGACAAUGCUGGCGCAUAUGCUGGAUGCGGAGGAUGAGGAUCGCAGUUUUUUGCAGAUCCCAGAGGGCGAGGAGACGGUGCUUCUGGUAAACAAUUUGGGAGGGGUGAGCCCGCUUGAGCUGGGAGGUAUCGUGAAUGAGGUGGUCGAACAACUGGCGAAGGAUUGGAAGAUUCGGCCGGUGCGGAUCCUCUCUGGAACGUACAUGACGAGUCUCAAUGGUCUAGGAUUCAGCAUUAGUCUCCUGAAGAUACGCGACACGGGAUUGGGCAACGGAAAGUCUAUGCUGGAGUUGCUGGACGCCCCAACAGAGGCCACCGGUUGGUCAGCAGCAGUUUCGCCAGAGACAUGGAACGCGAAUUCCACUGCGACACGAGGGGAAGACGAUGGAGACUCUGAUGACUUCCAGCCAAGUAACCUUAGAUUGGACCCUGUCCUGGCCAAAAAGGUCGUAACAUCUGCAUUGGAAAAAGUCAUUGCGGCGGAGCCAGAUGUGACCAACUAUGACACGAUUGUUGGCGACGGCGAUUGCGGAAUAGGCUUGAAACGAGGAGCUGAAGCUAUUCUGAAAAUGCUGGAGCGGGCAAAGAAGACAGACGAUGCCGCGUUGUUCCUCCAUAACAUCAUCCAGGUCGUGGAAACCAGUAUGGAUGGGACAUCGGGGGCAAUUUACGCAAUCUUCCUAAACGCGCUCGCACACGGCCUCCGGGUGCAGUCUCCAUCAUCUCCCGCACCCGUCGACGUGCAAAUAUGGAGUAAAGCUUUGGAAUCGUCUCUCGAGGCACUCAACAAAUAUACACCGGCACGGCCAGGCGACCGGACUCUGAUAGACGCGUUGUAUCCUUUCGUGGGGACGCUAUCAAAAACAGGGGAUAUCAAGUCCUCUGCACAGGCUGCUGAGGCUGGAGCAAAAGGAACGCGAGGUAUGAGAGCCAGCCUGGGCCGGACGGUAUACGUGGGAGGUGAAGGAUGGCAGGGAGUUCCCGAUCCAGGGGCACAUGGACUAGCGGAGCUAUUGAUCGGGCUUAGCGAAGGAUUUGAUUGAUCUUCGGGAGUGGGUCGAAUCUCGUACUGCAUACUGCAGGCCAUGAAUAUGUAACAUCAGUGUCUCAAAGACUCUUUCUUUCCUCGUAGACGCCCCAGAAGCAAUUUUGCCCGAUUAGAGCCUUGCUUGUUACCAUUCAUUUAGGAGCAACGGCCGGUGCUGAGAGCGUGAAGAAGUAGAAAUCAUGACCCUGAUUUGGUGACUACGUCAUCUGUAGUAUGGCUGCUUCUCAGCCCCGAACGCCAAUCCGCUGUAUUUGGACCCAAGGAAGCCGAAUGAACCCCGCCUGAUAUCCACCUCCAGUUCAACUCAACAAGACCAAGAUGACCGAAUCUCCGCGAAGGAACCUGUGCAGU